CAAGAAACAGCUUCGAGCGAGCCUCAUUGGGGAAAAUGGGCGCCUACCCCACGCGAACAGCGACGCCCCCCAAAGCCUACAGUGGGCUACCGAAGACUUCAGGACCCAGGCGUGUGAGGAGCCAGCCAAGAAGGGCAGAGUCGGGGGCAAGAACGGCAAGACUGAAACGAACAGCAGUGGCAUGCCGAGAAACUCGGACUGGCCGUCCUCUGGAAGCGCUGCUCGGAGGGUCCGGAGGAGAAAGAAGUCCUCACAAACACCGAAGAGAGAAUCCGUUUCGAGCGAGUCUCAUUGUGAAAAGUGGGCGCCUGGCCCAAGCAAACAGCGACGCCGCCCAAAGCCUACAGUUGGGCAACGAAAAAUCCAGGCUCGAAGGGAACGAGGAAAUGGUCAAGAAGGAUGGAGCCGGAGACAGGAUCGGCAAGACUGAAACGAACAGCAAUGCCAUGCCGAGAAUCAAAAGCCAGUCGAAGUGGAUCUGCGAGACCGGGCAGCUCGGGAGCGAACAGCAGGCAGGGCCCGCAGCAACGGGCGCCUGAAGACCACAGCCUUCCGUCUACCUUCCGCGAGGGUGAAUGGUAUACGCGGUCCGGGUGAAACCGAAGCGAACAGUGGUUGUGUCUGAAACCACGCGCAGAUCCCGAAGACGGGCUUUGCAUGGAAAUGUGCAUGAAGGCCGUCGGGAAGGCCGGUAACACGUGAGCGAGCAGGGGAGACGCUGGAAGCGCUGGCCAAGUGUCAUUGCCGGAAAGAGGGCAUGUUGUAACGAAGAACCAGGGCAAGAGCGAAGCGAGGGGCGAUGCCGCCUGAAGCGACAUGAGGGCGCAAGAAGACUGGCGACACGACCAGGAGCAGAGGGCAUGCGUCUGCCGAGAGCUUCGCAAGUUCCACGUGACCAUCUUUGAAAUCUUCGAUGCUCUGCUGACGAAGAUCGGCUCCGUCUGACAUCUUAGUUCCUGCAUUGCUAUAAGGAAAUUCGCUACACCUUUGGAGAAUCCAGCGCCUGCCGUGCCGGACAAAUUGUGCAGCAUGCGAACGCCUAGCGCAUCGCAGAAAGCUCAAGCCUACCUGUGCAUUUCAGGCCACGACGAUAGUGCAGCGAAAGACCUUGCGGAGCCACAACUGCUUCGGUUUACGCGGAGCUUUGCUCGCCCUUACUCAGAUCACGUCAUCUCACGUAGCUUAAUGAAAUAAUAAUAAAACAAAAUGUUAUCGUGGUCAUUGCCAUAGA